AUGAGUGUUUGCUCCUUGUGCGGUGGAGAUCGCGUGACCUCGACACAGAGACGAAAGCCGAGAGCUAUCCGAAGGUGCUCGUCAUGUAUCCUAAAAAGUAAUUCAUGUCCAAGCAUUUGUUCAACCGCCUACUCGAGCCAUGAGGAGGAUCCUCAAAGCAUUUGCGACGACUAUCCCGAAGGUAUUUCUGUCGAUGUAAUCGGCAACAAUGGUGCUACUAUCCAGCAAACUCAGACAAACUUCGGCAGAAGCAUUCACUCAGAACACGACAGCAAUUACUCCAUUGUCAUUGACAACGAACGACGCCAAAAGAGCCACAAGGGAAAGGAAGAGCGCGAGCGCAUCGCGGUGAUUGUCAAAGUGGACGGCAGAAAGGUGAGUCCUUCUCCAAUUCUGAUAGGCAAACAAAGGGAGAUUCAUGGUUUCACCCUGACUCGAACGACCGUUGAAAGGCAUGCCCGUGGUGAAGACAAAAACGAUUACGAGAUUAGAAAGAAAACCGCUUUGUUCCGAACGGUCUCUUCUGGGGAUGAAUGGUCCAAGCGCAGAGGCAAGAUUGACAGCAAAUCUGGCACAAUUGAGUUGGAAUUCUUCCGGCUUAAAAUGAGUACCAUCCAGCCAGGAGUUCGUACCCGGAAACAAAGAGCAGUCCAGCAAUCAUCAUCUCCUGGACGGGCACGGGAGGGCCUGGUAUCGACACGCUUUGGGGAAACCGUUACAGAGACUGAUGGUUUUCACCGUGGAAAAGGAAACAAAAAACCAGUUGCAGAUCACAGCAAAUCUUUGGGGAAGAUCAAAUUGUUUCUGUGUGAUCGACGUGUCGCGACUUUUGGCGACCACUUGCGCUAA